CCCCUCCCUCCUUCUCCCAGGUGUGAUGGAUCAGAGCUGCCCGCAGGAGCACCCAGCCUAAGCAGCCCUGAGAGGAGAGCAGCGCCAAGGAGCUGGGCAGCAGAUUGAAGUCCACAGACUUUUACCCCUGGAGAUUCCGCCCGCAGCGGCUCAGCUCUGAUCAGGAGGCGCAGCCAAGCAGUUCAGAUUCAGCAAAGCGGAGCAACCGGUCCGGGAGAGGAGGUUUUGCAAAGCCUUGCGCUCGGCUCCAUCGGGGUGGGUUGUCGUUGCUAAAAGGGGCAGCCCCAAAACUGAGCUUCCCUCCGUCAAGCAAAACGCCUGGCCGAACUGCUCAGCUCUUCUCCACGGUGCCACCAAGGAGAGAUUUUCUCCCGCCGGCGAGAUGUGGUCCUCUGCUUUGGCCGUCUUGGGCCUCCUGGCCUGGUCCGCCUCCGGCCUCCCCCCGCAGCGCCAGAAGGGGGUCUCCAUCUUCUCCGACUUGACUCCGGCGGAGCUGCGGGCCGUCCGGGACUUUCUGAUGGGCCGUCCCGAGCUGGGCCUCCGGGCUGAUUCAACCAAAUCCCUGGCCAAGAACAGCCUCUUCCUGGUGGAGCUCUUGACCCCGAAGAAAGGGCCCGCCUUGCAGUACCUGGAGUCCGGGGGGCGCCGCCCUCGACGCCAGGCUCGAGCCGUGGUCUUCUUCGGGGCCGAGGCGCAGCCCAACGUCACCGAGUACGCCGUGUGGCCCCUGCCUGCGCCCACCUCCUACCGGCCCUGGGGGAAGCCGGCGCCCUUCGCGGCCCGGCCGGGGUCCCAGCUGGAGUUCGCGCUGCUCUCGCAGAGGCUGGAGGAGAUCCUGGCUCCGCUCCAGAAGUUCCUCCGCGACGCCUCGGGCAGCUUCGGCUUCGAGAACUGCGGCGACCGGUGCCUGGUCCUCACGGAGGUGGCCCCGCGUGGCCUGGCCUCGGGCGAGCGGCGCACGUGGCUGAUCCUCCAGCGCUUCGUGGAGGGCUACUUCCUGCACCCGGUGGGCCUGGAGGUCCUCCUCGACCACCAGGCCCUCGACCCGCGCCUCUGGCACGUGCAGAAGCUCUGGUACAACGGGCGCUACUUCAGCAGCCCCGAGGAGCUGGCGCAGCUCUACGCCUUGGGCGCCGUGCCCGUCGUGCCUCUGCCGCCGCUGCAGCCGGAGGAGAGCCUCUUCUCCACCUUCGUGCCGCGGGGGAACUUCUCGGCGGGGCCCCCGACGGACGCGCACGGCGCCAAGGUGUGCGAGCCGCAGGGCCGCCGCUACUCGGUGAGCGGCAACCUGGUGGAGUACAGCGGCUGGAGCCUGGCUUACCGCCUGCGCUCGUCCACGGGGCUGCAGCUCUUCGACGUGCGCUUCAACGGGGAGCGCGUGGCCUACGAGGUGAGCGUGCAGGAAGCCAUCGCCGUCUACGGGGGGAACACGCCGGCUGCCAUGCAGACCAAGUACAUCGACGUGGGCUGGGGCAUGGGCUCCGUGACGCACGAGCUGGCGCCCGGCGUCGACUGCCCCGAGGGGGCCACCUUCCUGGACGCCCACCACCUGUACGACGCCGAGGGCCCCGUGCACUUCCCGCGCGCCGUCUGCGUCUUCGAGCUGCCCACGGGGGUCCCUCUGCGCCGCCACUUCGACAGCGACUUCCACGGCGGCUCUCACUUCUACGCGGGCGUGGAGGGCACCGCGCUGGUCUUGCGCGCCAUGUCCACGGUCUACAACUACGACUACAUCUGGGAUUUCCUGCUCUACCCCAACGGGGUCCUGGAGACCAAGGUGCACGCCACGGGCUACGUGCACGCCACCUUCUACACGCCCCAGGGGCUCCGCUACGGGAACCGCCUGCAGAAGCACGUGCUGGGCAACAUCCACACGCACCUGGUGCACUACAAGGUCGACCUGGACGUCGCAGGCCUGGGGAACAGCUUCAAGACGCUGGACGUGGCUCUGGAGAACAUCUCUCUGCCCUGGGAGCCGAGCCGGCGGCUGGUGCAGCCGCGUCUGGAUUCUCGGCCGCGGCUCCGCGAGCGCCAGGCCGCCUUCCCCUUCGGCAAGCCGCUGCCCCGCUACCUGCUCUUCGGCAACCCGGAGAGGCCGAACCGCUGGGGCCACCGGCGCAGCUACCGCCUGCAGCUCAGCUCGCACGCCGACCGCGUCCUGCCCCGCGGAUGGCAGGAGGAGCGCGGCAUCACCUGGAGCAGGUACCCCUUAGCAGUGACCCAGCAUCACGACAACGAGGACACCAGCAGCAGCCUCUACAUCCAGAACGACCCCUGGAGCCCCACAGUCAGCUUUGAGAACUUCCUCCAGAACGACGAGAGCCUGGAGAACAAGGACCUGGUGGCCUGGGUGACGGUGGGCUUCCUCCACAUCCCCCACUCGGAGGACAUCCCCAACACGUCCACGCCGGGCAACGUGGUGGGCUUCUACCUGCGUCCCUUCAACUUCUUCGAUGAAGACCCCUCUGUGGCCUCGCGACGCACCAUCAUCGUGCGCCCCUCGGAGCCUGGGGGCAGGUCUGGGGUGCAUGUCGAGCGCUGGACCCCAGCCAACCCCAUGCCCUGCGUCUCCAAGGAGCCCUUCAGCUACAAUGGCACCUACUGGCAGGUGUAGCCCAGCCCUUGGCAGGAUUUGCCCCCUCUUCUUCCUCUCCACCCCUCAAACCACAACCCAAAGUGGCGGCCAGGAAACCAACCUCUCCUCCUUGGCACGCCUGGCUUGCACCAAAGCCCACCCCCCAGAUCCAACCCCCCUGACUUCCUGUGCACCUCAGACCCAGGCAGGGGGGCAGCUGGGUGAAGGGGGGUGGCUGCCCCUCCAACAUGAGAUUUUUUUUCAUAUUAGAUUUUUUUUUGGGUGGGGGUUGAGAGUAGACUCAAGACAGCCAUCAGGAAGGACUUCUCCAGAUGAUAAGAAUGCAGAAAGAGCACACGGUUCAGCUCUGCAUUGUGUGAAGAAGCACUUUCUUGGAUUCAUCCAGAUAACUAUUUAAUUAAAACACUUGCAGUGACUUCCCCCAGCUUCACACAUCUGCAAGAGGCGGAGCGAAAUCCCUUUCCUGUCUCCUCCUCCUCCUGUUUGCCAAGUUCGCACCUCGGAAUCUUUCCCAAGCAGAUGGUGGGUUUUAACAACCGUACUAUCAAAAUAAAAGAAUUCCUUCAGGAGCACCUUAAAGACCAACUAAGUUUUUAUUUUGGUAUGAGCUUUUGUGUGCAUGCACACUUCUUCAGAUACGCUGAAACAGAAGAGUCAGACCCUUAUGUAUAUUCAGAGGGGGGGGGGAUGAUGGGAAUGGGUGAUGGGCUGAUAGGAGUGGUAAACCUGUUGAUGGCUGUUAACGACUGUUAAUGACUUCAAUUGGUCUUGGGGGGGGCAAGGGCUGAGGUGCUAAGGAAAGCUUGAUCAUGUAUCCUAUAUAAUAAUGUCCAAGUUGUCCCUGCGUCCAGUUGUCCCGUGUGUCCCUGGGUCACUGCGCAUGUGCCCCAGAGAUACAGGGAUUGGACAGCAGAGACUGCGUGCGCGCACUCUCCCCCCCCUCUGCCUCCUCCAACCGCCGCUCCCGCCGGACACCGCCUCACUGCAGGGCACGUCAGGGAAGCGAGGGUGGAGGCCGGCGAAGGCCUCCUCACAACCCUCCCUGGCCAUGAGGAGCGGCGGUUGGAGGAGGCGGGGGGGAGAGUGCGCGCGUCCUUCCUGUCGGCGGC